CACUUAUAUUUCAGCUUGACUUUUGAUUGAAUAGUGAAACGUGUUCAUGGCGACGCCGGCGAGAGUUUCCGACGAAACAGUUUGCGUGGCGGUGGGGAAAGAUGUAAAAGAGAGUAAAUACACUAUAGAGUGGGCUUUGCAGAACCCGGUGGGGAGAAGUCUUUGCAUUCUUCACGUUCAUACUCCAGCUCGGAAGAUUCCAAUGCUACUGGGUGGAAACUUUGGGAUUUCUCUGACGAAUGAACUUGGAGCCAGAGCGUAUCAUGAAAAGGAGAGGCAAGACACUCGCAACAUUCUAAACCAGUAUCUCCUCAUGUGUGGCCGAGCAGGGGCUCAGGUGAAAGUGCUUUGUGUUGAGAAGGACAAUAUUGAGAAGGGCAUAGUGGACUUCAUCUCUGAGCAUGGUAUCAAGAAGCUUGUUAUGGGAGCAGCUGCUUGCAAACAUUACUCAAGGGAAAUGACAGAGGUCAAGUCCAAGAAAGCUAUGUACGUGUGUGAACAAGCACCUCCAUUCUGUCACAUUUGGUUUAUAUGCAAAGGGGCUCAUAUCUAUACAAGACCAUGUAUACAAGAACGAGUUAAUGCGGUGGUUGCAUCUCCACCACUUGGCUCGAGCCGAUAUGCUUCAGAAGGGCAGACUAACCAAGCAGAUACCAUUGGAGCUCUUCCAGAACUUGAGAGUGUACAAUCUGUUAACAUCACAAUAAACCUUCCUGGUCCUCGUAGCGCCACGCGAAAAGGACUGAUGAGUUUUCCUAGCAGUUCAAGUAGUGCAGAAGAAAGCACCUAUGAAUGGUAUGAAACACCAACGGGAAGUUUCUCAUUGGGAUCUCAUCAUUCAUCAAAGUCACCUGGACAUAUGGCCAGUGAUUCAUAUUCAGUUUCACUGUGUGACCAUUGCCACAUUUCUCCACCUAGAACUGCAGUGGAAUGUGUGGAGGAGAAGCUAUAUGAUAGACUUGAACAAACUGUCCCAGAAGGAGAAAAUUCUAAGCCAGAGGCUUUUGAAGAACCAAACAAGUUCAGGGCUAAUGCACCAGAAACCAUAAAUGCUGAGGAAAUUCUAGCAAGGAGCAAGGAAGAAAUUGAACAGAUUAGAAGGGAGUUUAACAUGAUGGUACAGAAGUUUGAGCAGAAUAUGGUCUCCAAUGUUGAACUUCUUCUGAAGUACAAGCAAGAGAGAGAUGAUUUGGAGGGGAAGCUUGACACUGCGCUUAGAGCAGCUGAGGGUAUGAGCAAAAAGUUAGACAAGGAAGCCUCAACCUCAAGUUCUUCAUCAUCUUCAGCUAAAUUCUAUGCAGAAUUCUCAUGGUCGGAAAUCAAAGAAGCAACUUCCAACUUCGACUCAAGCUUGAAGAUUGGGAAUGGUGGUUAUGGAAGUGUUUAUAGAGGCAUGCUUUGCCAUACACCAGUGGCAAUAAAGAUCCUUAACCCUGAGAGCAUACAAGGUUCCUCAGAGUUUCAACAAGAGGUCAAUAUACUGAGUAAAGUGAGGCACCCAAACCUGGUCACACUAAUCGGAGCCUGUCCAGAAACCCUAACCCUGGUCUACGAAUAUCUCCCCAAUGGCAGCCUCGACGACCACAUCAACGCCCAAGGCAACACCCCACCACUCCCAUGGCAAACACGAAUCCGCAUCGCAUCUGAGCUCCGCGCAGCCCUCAUAUUCCUACACUCCUGGAACGGCCACGGCCUCGUCCACGGCGAUCUCAAACCCGCGAACGUCUUACUCGGUCCCAACUUCGCGACCAAGCUGAGUGACUUUGGAAUCUGCCGCGUCCUCUCCGAAGAGGAACUUUCAGAUGAUAAGUUCACGCGCCGUUGUAUAACCGAUCCCAAAGGUACCAUAGUGUAUAUGGACCCUGUGUUCUUUGCAACGAGAGAGCUUACUCCCAAGUCUGAUGUGUACUCGUUUGGAAUCAUACUGUUGAGGUUGCUAACUGGGAAGCCUGCACUGGGAAUCAUAAAGUUAGUCCAGUGUGGGUUAUUGGAUAAAGGAAAGUUUAAAGAUCUUUUGGACCCGAGUGCUGGGAAGUGGCCAGUGUUGCAGGCAGAACAGCUAGCUCGCUUGGCAUUAAGAUGCUGUGAGAUGAACCGAAAGGAGAGACCUGAACUUGAUUCACAAGUGUGGAAGGUGCUUGACGGUUGAAAAUUUGUUGUUUGAGUUUGAGAUUUGUGUGUUGUUUUAUGUAUUGUAGUUGUGAAUGUAUAGUGUUUUGUUUGGAUUUGGUUUAGGAGUAUUAUUAGGCUUGGUGUGUUGGUGGUGAUGUUUGUAUUUAAUGAAUUUGUAAAUUAAUAUAUAUGAUGCAGAUAUACAUACUC